AUAUUUUGAAGAGCCAAUGAAUGGAUUAUCGUGUUACACCUGAUGUAAUGUUAACAUACCCCAACAAACAAGAUUUUGUUGAGAGGAAGCUCGUCUGUAUCUUUAAAAUUACAACAAUUUCAAACAACUAAACCAAAUCCAUGGUAGAAUAAUUCGUUUUGAUCUCACACAUGACCAAUUACAUAUCAGAAAGCUAUGUCAACUCUCAUCUUCAUAUGGUAAAAUGAAUUAUUCCACUUUGAUAUUUGAUCAACUCAAUGUCCCUCAUACAUUCACUUGGAAUAUCAUGAUUAGAUCUUAUAAUACAAGUGCUUCACUUGAAAAAGCUCUUUUUUUUGUUUAAGGAUAUGUUAUGCCAUGACUUUAUAACUGGUAAAUUUGCUUACAAUUGUAUUAUAAAUGCUUGUAUUGCUUUUGCUUCUAAUGAUAUUGAUUUUUGAAAAUUAAAACACGGCCUUUCAGUAAAAAUGGAUUUUGAAGUGAUGUUUAUGUGCAGAACAAUAUGAUGAAUUUUUACUUUUAAGUGUGGGAAUAUUGAUGAUGGAUGGAAGGUGUUUGAUAAAAUGUGUGUGAGAAAUGUUGUGUCAUGGACCACCGCAAUUUUUGGGCUUGUUGCUUGUGGAAAAUUGGACACUGCAAGGGAAAUAUUUGAGUUGAUGUCUUCUAAAAAUGUUGUUUCGUGGUCAGCGAUGAUUAAUGGGUAUGUGAAACAUAACCAACAGAUUAAGGCUUUUGAUUUGUUUGAAAAGAUGCAGCUUGAUAAUGUGGGGCCAAAUGAGUUCACUUUGGUGACCUUAAUCAAAGCUUGUACUGAUUUGGGUAGCCUCAAAUUCGGAAGACGAAUGCGUGAUUUCGCUCUAAAGAAUGGCUUUGAACUUGGAAAUUUAUUGGAUACUGCUCUUAUUGACCUGUACAACAAAUGUGGUAGUUUAGAUGAUGGUGUUAGAGUUUUUGGUUAAUGAAAGUGAGAAACUUGGCUACUUGGAAUACAAUGAUUACUAGCUUCGGUGUGCACGGGUUGACGAACGAAGUGAUAGUCUUUUUCGAAUAAAUGGAGAAGGCUAAUGUAGUUCAUGAUGUUAUCAGUUUUGUUAGUGUUUUGAGUGCUUGUGUUCAAAUGAAUAUUUUGGAAGUAGGACAAAAAUAUUUCAGUCUCAUAACAGAACAUUAUGGCAUAA